AGCCUGUCGAUCUGCUUGCAUUGCAUUGUUUUACUCUCUUCCAUUUUAGAUAGCUGCACAUAGCUGCACAUAUGGCUCUGGGGUAGAACUCUAAUAUUCGCAUGGAUGGGAAUUUCUCAUCCUUACACGCACCUAAGCUCCAUCCUCGCUGUUCCUGCCACCUCAACAGCUCCGAGCUGUAGAUCUUCAACAUGACGAGGAGAAUUACCCGGACAAUAAGCCAGCUCGCCAUCGCAGGCGUCUGCGCUCUGUUCUUUGUCUGGUUCCUCGACUCUCGAUACCGCGCCCUCCCACACUCCAUACACAAUAUGAUGCCAGCACAUCACCCCGGCUUUGUUAUCACAGAUAUCACGGUCACGACCUGCUCUACCGUCAAUCUGCUUAGUAGCUGCAGGCUCGAUUCCAAAGGCUGGCAUCGCAUUGAGAAGGAUUUGUAUCUAGGCAAAGGAUGGGUUUCGAGCGCGUACGUGCAUGUAAAACGGAAGGUGGAAGAAGAUUUACUGCCGGAGGACAAGGUCGUGGUGGACGUUAGUGUUGGAAAACUACAUCCUUCUAUGGGUGCAAAAGGGGAAGGCGACGAGAAAUGGGAAGCUAGGCCAGCCGGAAUUUGGAUAAAGAGAUCGGGGAAGAUAGGCGAGAGCGAUUCAGACAGGGCAGUCACUUCGGCGGAUAUUUUGUUCGGCGCGGACGCAGUUGAUCCAAGAGAAGGAUGGGAGAUGAUUGGUACAUCUCUGCUACUGGACACGUCCGGCGAGGUUCAUGAACCCCGGCUCAGCAUACGGAGGGGGAAACCAGCGGCGCCUGCAAAGCCAACCCCUCGAAUAAACGACAAUGGCAAAUUCAAGAUUAUGCAAGCGGCGGAUUUACAUCUGAGCACAGGGACCGGAAAGUGUAGAGAUGCGAUGCCGGUUGGGUACAAUAAUGGGAAAUGCGAGGCUGAUCCAAGGACAUUGGAAUUCGUUGAGAGAUUGUUGGAUGAAGAGAAGCCUGAUCUUGUCAUAUUGAGUGGUGACCAAGUCAAUGGAGAGACAGCGCCUGAUACGCAGAGUGCGAUAUUCAAAUAUGCAGAUCUGUUUAUCAAACGCAAAAUCCCCUUUGCGACUAUAUUCGGCAACCAUGACGAUGAAGGCGACUCUUUAUCCCGCGAAGAACAAAUGGAAUUGAUCGAAUCGCUCCCAUACUCUCUAUCCGAAGCCGGGCCAGAAGAAAUUGAUGGAGUGGGGAACUACUAUAUCGAAGUCCUGGCACGAGGAAGUUCAGGGCAUUCCGCUUUGACAAUCUACAUGCUUGAUACACACGCCUACUCUCCUGAUGAGCGCGCCUUCAAAGGCUACGACUGGCUAAAACAGAGUCAAAUAGAUUGGUUCAAGCAAACUGCACAAGGGCUGAAGAAGGCACAUGAAGGAUACACACACAUACACAUGGACUUGUCUUUUAUCCAUAUUCCGUUACCCGAAUAUGCUGACAACAGCAAUCCUCGGAAAGGAGAGUUGAGAGAGGGAGUCACAGCGCCAGGAUUCAAUUCCGGAUUCCGGGACGCCUUGGUUGAGGAGGGUGUUGUGAUGGUGAGCUGUGGGCAUGACCACGCGAAUGAGUACUGCGCACUCUCCCGCCACGAGAAUGAACUCCCUGCGUUAUGGAUGUGCUAUGCUGGCGGAGCAGGUUUUGGCGGUUAUGGCGGGUAUGGAGGUUAUCAUCGCCGCAUCCGCUUCUUCGACAUCGAUAUGAACGAGGCGCGCAUCUUCACCUAUAAGAGGGUGGAAUAUGGCGAGAUAGAAAAGAGGAUUGAUGAACAGAUGAUUGUGGAGGGUGGGAAGCCAGCGGCUCUUGUUUAUGAGCAGUGAUUAGAAUUGGAGUUGAAGAGGCGUUCGGAACAGCAGGGCGGUGCAAAUGGAUGCAGGGGGAUUUAUGAUUAUGGAAUAUGGGCCACAAAACAAGAGUCAGCAAGCGUCUAGCAAGCAAUCAAACGAUACCACCUUUUUUAUACCUCA